AUCAUCAUCGUCGGCGCCGGCGUCUUCGGCUUAAGCACCGCCCUCCACCUCUCCCGUGCUCACUACACUAACAUCCACCUCUUCGACCUCCAACCCUUCCUCUCCACACACUACUCUUUCGCAGCCGGAAGCGAUGGUGCCUCCUGCGACGAAAACAAAAUCCUACGUGCAUCUUAUGGAGGUCAAGAACUCUAUCAACGGCUUGCAUUUUCCGCAAUGCAGGAAUGGGAGUGUUGGAAUAGGGAUAUGGCGAAUGAUCAGGAUACCCCUGAGGUUCUCAAGAAUACUGAAAAGUUGUGGGAUCGGUGUGGGUUCUUGAGGGUUGAAGAAGGGUUUGGAACGCAUGAAGUUGAUACGCAGAGGAAUUUCCCCGAGGAGGUUAGGGAUACGCAGUAUCGAGUUACUGAUGAGCGACGCAUCAGGGAUGCGGAACAGAAAGGUAUUCCGAGUUCGAAAUUUGACCCGUUUGAGCGCGUAAAGCGUGGUUUACCCACUGAUGGGAUUCUGGACAUGACGGCUGGGUAUACUCUAGCUUCUAAAGCUUGCACAUAUGCUCUUUAUCUUUGCCAGAAAGCAGGUGUAGUCCUCCAUCUUGGACCCUCUGUUGGCGAAUUUGAGUCAUUCCUCUACUCUGGCACCAACGUCACUGGUAUCAAGACGGCAGACGGCAAAUCUCACAAAGCAGCCUUGGUCAUCAUGGCAACAGGCGGGUGGACACCUUCCCUGCUCCCAGCAGCUCAACCCCUUCUCGAGACGACAGCAGGUACAAUCCUCACAAUCAAUCUUCCCAAAUCCCGUCAAGAUCUCUGGGACAAAUACGCACCAGCCAACUUCCCUGUCUGGAGCUGGAAUAUGGGUGGCUUUGAUGCCUCCUCAGAAACUGCAGGUGGUCUAUACGGCUUCCCACGUACUCCCGAAGGAGUUAUGAAAUUCGGCUUUCGCGGUGCAAAAUGGACAAACUAUACUCAUACAUCUUCUUCCGGCAACAAGAUCUCCUACCCGAAGACCGAUAUCCAAGAGAUACCUGAACGAGCAUUCGAUGUCGUCAAAGCCUUUUGCACUGAGAACAUGCCUGAUCUACUGGAUCUAGAACUUCAGCGUGGAAGAUUGUGUUGGUAUACUGAUAGUGUUGAUAACUCUUUUCUUGUGUCUUAUGUUCCUGGUCAGCGAGGUUUGAUAGUUGCGAGUGGAGGCAGUGGACACGGCUUCAAGUUUCUUCCAGUAUUGGGGAAACAUGUGGUUGAUGUUGUUGAGGGCAGGAAGACAGAAUAUACAGAGCUGUUCUCUUGGAGGGAUGUACCAAAGGGUAAAAAGAAUGGGCUUGAAGACGGAGAGAAGGGGUGGAGGACAUUGGAUAAGCAAAAGCUUGUGCAAAGAGGCAUGUGG